AUGACAUCUGCGACCUUUGCUACCCUCAUCCUCAUACCGGUCCUAGUCUUUGCGCUCUGGCACCUCACCGCCAACAGUAUUCCGUCAGUACCCUCGUUCUUGCGCAACAAGCGUAUUAUCCUCCUCAUCGCACACCCUGAUGAUGAGUCCAUGUUCUUCAACCCGACCCUCCAGGCCCUUACGGCGCCACAACUACAGAAUCACUUGAAAAUCCUGUGUAUGAGCACGGGCAACAGCGAAGGGCUCGGGUCGACGCGGCGAUUGGAGUUAGAGAAGGCUGCGGUUGCACUGGGCUUAAGGCGCAGGGAAGAUGUCUUCGUUCUCGACGACGCACGGUUCAAGGACGGUAUGAAUGAAGAGUGGAAACCCGAAGAGAUCGCGCGUGUGCUUGCCAGUGCGUUUGCGCCGCAUCUCAAUGUCCCACCUCCGCUUGCGCCACAGGCCGGAGAGAAGGACAAGGACAAGGACCGGCGAAAAUCAAAGUCCAACAAACACGCAAAAUCCCCUUCUACUACGCCAGCAACACCUUCUUCUGCACAGCGCGAAGGACCUCGCGCAACCAUUGACGUGCUCAUCACCUUCGAUGAGCACGGGAUUUCAAAACACCCGAACCACAAAGCCCUGUAUUAUGGCGCCAGUCUGUUUGUGAAGCAGAUCAUGUGCGGGCACUCGGGCUACGCCUGUCCCGUGGCUCUGUAUACGCUUCCUUCGAUAAACAUCGUGCGCAAGUACAGUUUCAUUCUCGACUCGAUCCCCACGCUCUUGAACGGAAUCUACGGCAGCAUCGUCGGCAACGCGAUGGGGACAAGAGGCACAGGCAAAAAGGAGAGCGCUGACCGUUUGGUUUUUGUCAAUGACAUUUCGAGGUACCGCAAGGCAAGGGAAGCUAUGGUGAACGGACACAAAAGUCAAAUGGUUUGGUUUCGAUGGGGCUGGAUAAGUCUAGGCCGGUACAUGGUUGUUAAUGAUUUGCGGAGUGAGAAGAUUAUUGCGACGUGA